AGAGAAGAGAAGAGAAGAUGUGGAGGCUAAAGAUUGCAGAGGGAGGGAACCCAUAUCUGUACAGCAUCAACAACUACGUUGGACGACAGACUUGGGAGUUCGACCCAUUUUACGGUACCCCUGAGGAACGGGCUGCCGUCGACAAGGCUCGUGACGAGUUCCGCAUGAAUCGCUUCCGAGUCAAACCCAACAGUGACCUUCUUCUUCGAUUACAACUCAAAAAGGAAAACAACUUUGUUCAAGACAUACCCCCUGUGAAGAUAACCGAUGAUGAGGAAAUAACGUAUGAAGCAGCAACUGAAGCAUUGCGAAGGGGAGUGCGAUUCUAUUCCUCUCUCCAAGCAAGCGAUGGCCAUUGGCCAGCAGGAUGUGCAGGCGGACUGUAUUUCCUUCCCCCGUUGGUCAUGUGUUUAUACAUCACUGGACAUCUUAAUACAGUUUUCUCAUCAGAGCAUCGCAAAGAGAUCCUUCGCUACAUAUACAAUUUUCAGAAUGAAGAUGGAGGCUGGGGGCUGCAUAUAGAGGGGAAUAGUGCUAUGUUCUCUACAGCAUUGAGUUACAUUUGUAUGCGGUUGUUAGGUGAAGGACCAGAAGGUGGCUUAGAUGAUGCCUUGCCUAGAGCACGAAAAUGGAUACUUGACCAUGGUGGUAUAAUUGCAAUACCAUCUUGGGGAAAGAUUUGGCUUUCGAUACUUGGAUUAUAUGAAUGGGAUGGCACCAACCCAGUUCCCCCAGAGUUAUGGAUUCUCCCUUCAUGUCUACCUAUUCAUCCAGCGAAGAUGUUGUGCUACUUUCGCAUGGUUUACUUGCCCAUAUCAUAUUUAUAUGGGAAGAGGUUUGUGGGACCAAUCACAGAUCUCAUUCUACAAUUGAGAGAGGAGCUCUACCUCCAACCAUAUCAUGAAAUAAAUUGGAGCAAAGCACGCAAUAUGUGUGCAAAGGAAGACAUGCAGUACCCCCAUCCCUUAAUACAAGACUUGCUCUGGGAUAGUCUAUAUUUUCUUGCAGAGCCUCUUCUUAAACUCUGGCCUUUCUGCAAACUGAGAGUGAAGGCUCUACAAAUCACAAUGAAACAAAUUCAUUAUGAAGAUCAGAAUAGUCGAUACCUAACCAUUGGAGUUGUAGAAAAGCCAUUAUGCAUGCUUGCUUGUUGGGUGGAAGAUCCAAAUGGGGAGGCAUUCAAGUAUCAUCUUGCUAGGAUCCCGGAUUACAUAUGGGUUGCUGAAGAUGGAAUGACAUUGCAGGGUAUUGGCAGCCAGACAUGGGACACUAGUUUUGCUGUACAAGCAGUUUUAGCAAGUAAUCUAAUGGAUGAAAUUGGACCUACUCUUAAAAAAGGUCAUGAUUACAUAAAGAAAUCACAGGUUCAGGACAAUCCAUCGGGUGACUUUCGAAGCAUGCACCGUAACAUUUCCAAAGGGUCAUGGACUUUCUCAGAUCAAGAUCAUGGGUGGCCAGUUUCAGAUUGCACAGCAGAGGGACUGAAGGCAACUCUUAUGCUAUCAAUGAUGCCAGCAGAAAUUGUGGGUGAAGCAUUGGAACCUCAACACCUAUAUGAUGCUGUGAACAUCAUUCUUUCUCUACAAAGUGAAAAUGGAGGUUUACCAGCUUGGGAGCCAAUUCAAGCACCAUCAUGGCUAGAGAUGUUCAAUCCAUCAGAAUUAUUUGAAGAUGCUCUUGUUGAGCAAGGGUAUGUUGAGUGUACUGCGUCAGCAAUCCAAGCCCUUGUCAUGUUUAAGAAAUUAUAUCCACAACAUAGAAAGAAAGAAAUCAAAAGGUUCAUAAAGAAAGCAGUACAUUAUCUUGAACAAAUUCAAAUGCCAAAUGGUUCAUGGUAUGGGAAUUGGGGAGUGUGCUUCAUCUAUGGCACAUUCUUCGCACUGGGAGGGCUAGCCGCUGCUGGAAAGACUUAUUACAAUUGUGCAGCAGUCCGCAAAGGUUGUGAGUUCUUACUAUCAAAACAACAAGAAGAAUCAGAUGGUUGGGGAGAAAGUUACCUUUCAUGUCCAAAAAAGGUUUAUGUUCCAUUAGAAGGUGGUAGGUCAACCUUAGUUCAAACUGCAUGGGCUAUGCUGGGUCUUCUUCAUGCUGGACAGGCCGAGAGAGAUCCAAAGCCUCUGCAUCGUGCGGCAAAGUUAUUGAUUAAUUCACAAUUGGAAGAAGGUGACUUCCCCCAACAGAAUAUUACAGGAGCCUACAUGAAGAGUUGUACAUUACAUUAUGGAUCUUAUAGAGAUCUCUUUCCUGUGUGGGCUCUUGGCGAAUACCGUAGGCAGGUUUUACUACCUCUAAAGAAACUCUAAAAUUACAUCUUUAGCUCUAUCUCUUAAGUAU